AUGGUCCAACAAGAUAAGGUCCCCGGCCAUAACGAUGCCAUAUACGACAUCGUGCUCGAGGAAGACCAGAUAUUGAAAAUGGACUUCCUCGAGAUUGCCCCGACGCCCACUCUCGCCGACCGUGUCUUCUUCGCCUACCUGUGCGGUUAUAUACCUGAGUCUAAAAAGAAGGAGCUAGCACUUCCCGACGAGGGCCUCGUUAAUGUGACCCUCACUAUGAGUAGCUCUGUCGUCUACGCGGAUGGUAGUCACGACGAUGAAAAAUCCAUUGCAUUUCCGUUGAAGAUUACACCCUUUAAGGAUCCAGCCCACCUCACUAUUCGCGAUUCCUGUGGAGUUCAGGUUGACUAUAUGCUUACCAGCGGUCGUAGUGAUAUUUAG